UUUUCCGAAUAGAAUGUAUAUGUAAUAAGUGCGGAUAAAGUAAAAAUAUUUAAAAACUGUAAAAUAAUUCUGGAAUUAUAAAAAUGCAUACACUUUAUAAUGUCUUACAUAUAUUCUCGUUGUGAUUAUUUAUAGAUUAAUGUAAAAAUUAAAAAGUUAAUGUAUUUACAUAAAUAGAAAUUGAUUGAUUUUUAUUUGUUUUCCUAUAUAUUUCAUAAAAUAAUCAUAUAAUUUACAAUCUUAUGACAGUUCCAAUUUAUAAAGCAAUUUUUAUAAUUAAAAUAAUAAUAUGAAUUUCAAUUUGAAUUUUCAGAAACUUUUAUAUUACAUCUUUUUUUGUAAAAACUUUUAUAUAUUUAAUUUAAAUCUAAAUAUAUUAUAUUACACAUAAAAAAUAAAAAUAUAAAUAAUCGUAAAUUUAUUUCAAAUUAUUUUUUGUUCAAUAAAAUUGAUUACUGUUCUAUGUUCAUCGUGGUUCAUUCUUGAAAAUGCUCCUUGAUUCGUAGUGCGGCCUCUAUUGGAGAAUUAUUAUACAAAGACUUUUAAAUUUUAACGGACUUUGUAAAUAUUGAGUACCUUUAGCUAGUACUUAUUUACUCAUUCGUUUAAAAUCCAUUGAGUUGUGUGAAUGGAGAAUUUGGUGUUUCCUAACGCGGCAUUAUAAUAUUUUUUCAUAAUUCUAUAUAUUAAUGCUUCUUUUCGUUUUACAAGUAAAUUUGUCGUUUAAUAAAUCUUAACUAGAAGUCUAAUAAUUUAAUUGCUUAAAAUGCAAUAAUAUUACAAAGUAUUUCAUAUUUUUAAAAUAAAUCAUUAUUGGUUAAUUUUAAACAUUUUCAUCAUGUCUCACUUAAAAUAUAUGAAAGAAAUAAAUAAUCUAACUCGCAUGGAUGAAACUAUUAAGGGGCCACUUCCGCGUUGGCAGAAAAAAUGUUUAGAAACAUCAAAUUCCAGUGUCAACCUUAGUAUUAAUUCAUCACGAAAAAUUACGAACGGAUCAUUUGCAAAUAGUACUACAGGAAAAACACCAACGAAAAAGAGUGACACUCGAAUGAAGAAAACACCAUCUAAAACUUCUAAGAAAUCUCCAAGUCGUGCUUCUACACCAGCUAAGACACCUAGUGGUGGUGAUAGAUUUAUUCCUUCAAGAGCAACUACUAAUUUUGAUCUUGGUUAUUAUAAGAUUCAACAACAACCAAAUAUAGAAAAAAAUGAAGAGAAAGUAGACAAUAUAAGUCCUUCCAAAAGGGAAAUGCAGCGACUCAUGGGAGAAAAUUUACAUGGUGGUGAUAUUAAUCAGAUGAGAGUUUUGUCUUAUCAAAAUAAAGCACCAGCCCCUCCAGAGGGUUAUCAAAAUCCAUUGCGUGUUGUGUAUAGCCAAAGUAAAACACCAGCAAGCAUAAAAGCUUCUACAAGAUAUAUACCACAAACUCCUGAUAGAAUACUGGAUGCUCCAGAAAUUGUUGAUGAUUAUUAUUUAAAUUUAAUUGAUUGGUCGGAAAAUAAUAUUCUAGCUGUAGCAUUAGGUGCUAGUGUAUAUUUGUGGAAUGCAGCAACAGGGACUAUUGAACAGUUGCUUGAAUUAAGUGGCAAUGAUUAUGUUUGUUCUGUUGCAUGGAUUCAAGAAGGUCCCUAUUUAGCUGUAGGUACUACAGUGGGAAAUACAGAAUUAUGGGAUUGUAGUCAAAUAAAAAGAGUACGUGUAAUGAAUGGUCAUGCGGCCAGAGUAGGUUCUCUUUCUUGGAAUUCACAUGUUUUGACGAGUGGUUGCAGAGCAGGACAAAUAGUGCACCAUGAUGUUAGGCAAAGGGAUCACUUAAUAUCAACAAUUAAUGCACAUGCUCAAGAAGUAUGUGGUUUAAAGUGGUCACCUGAUGGAAAGUAUUUAGCAAGUGGUGGUAAUGAUAAUAUGCUUCAAAUAUGGCCAUCAAUCUCUGUACAAAGUCAUACAAACACACAACCAAUUUAUUCAUUAAAUCAACAUCAAGCUGCUGUAAAAGCACUUGCAUGGUGUCCUUGGCAGAAUAAUAUUCUUGCUAGUGGAGGUGGUACUGCUGAUAGAACUAUACGAUUUUGGAAUUGUAAUACAGGUGCAUGUUUAAAUAUGGUAGAUACGAAGUCACAAGUAUGUUCUUUGCUUUGGUCUACAACGUAUAAGGAGAUUGUAUCUGGUCAUGGAUAUGCACAGAAUCAGUUAACAAUCUGGAAAUACCCCGCAAUGACGAAGGUCGCAGAACUUACAGGUCAUUCUAGUCGCGUUCUACAUUUAGCAAUGUCUCCAGAUGGUACUACAAUACUUAGUGCAGGAGCUGAUGAAACCUUAAGAUUAUGGAAAUGUUUCCUACCUGAUCCACACAAGAAGAAAGAUACGAAUGAAAUAAAAUCUGUUGCGUCUAGACUUAAGCAAUCGAUUCGAUAAUAUUUUUAUACUAACAGACGAAGUAAUUUACUUCUAUAUAUUACUUCUUAAUCAAAUAAAUGACUAAUAACUCGUAUUUUAAUAAAUGUGAAAAUUAGUGAUAUAA